AUGAAGGCUUCCAUUAUUGUUGCUGUGGCCGCAGUAUUGAACUUCAGCCUCGCCACAAAUGUGACCAUUCUUCGACCUAAUGAUCCAUAUCUUCCAGACAACGAACUACCACCAUCGCAUGCCGUUUCAGAUGGCGCAUCAAUCGUCCAGCUUUUCCCAAACCUCGGCCGCUCCACGACUUGGAAACUUAUCUCGAAGACCCAGUUGGAAGGCGACACAGGCGAACCAGAAGGCAUGGUCCGUGUCGGUGAUGACCGAUUCUUCAUCUCGGCUGGUCAAUGGACUGUCGCGACCCAGAAAUAUACAAACCCGAUCAAUGGCACUGACCGCAGCCCAGGCGCAGGCUUUGCACACAUGCUCAUAUACGAUGGUCAGGGUAGGCUCAUUGCCAAUGCUACUUUGACACCUCCAGGGGAUAUUGAAUACCAUACAGGCGGUAUCGAUUACGACGGCCGCUACAUUUGGGACACACUAUCUCAGUAUCGGCCAAAUACUACAGCCACGAUUGUUCGCAUCGACCCACUUACAUUGGAAAAAGAGGCCCUGUUUCGCGCUCGUGAUCAUAAUGGUGGAAUAGUGCACGAUACAGUCACUGAUGAUAUUGUCACGCUGAAUUGGGGUGGUCGCAGUGCCACAACCUGGUCGAUGAAAAACUAUCCCCAAGGAUUUGCCCCUCUUUCCGACUUUACCGAGCCAAAGUCGUCUGUGGCAGACCCUUCAUUCUUUGUUGACUAUCAGGAUUGCAAGUUUCUUGGUCAUCAUGCAUUGCCGAAUGUUAUGUCAGCCAGGUUCGGAGGAUGGAAUCCCACAAGGGCAAUCAUGUUCUGUGGGGGUGUAGCUACGAUCGAGACGUCUUCGUCGUCAUUUAACCUGGGGGGUAUCGCUCUGGUUGAUAUCCAGACCAUGUUGCCACUCUGGGAGGUACCUAUUUCCUUGACGAGUGAUCUCGGCACAUCUAUGACAGAGAACCCCAUCGAUAUUGCAGUUGUGGAUGGCAAAUUGAGGAUUUAUUGUCUCCCUGAUCAGCACAAUUCCACCUUGUAUGUUUAUGAGGCGGUAUGA